CUAUAAAGGCUGCGCCGGGGCCACGAGGCGCAGAGCCGGUGCCGCCGCCGCCCGGGAGCCCUCGCCGCGUCCCGCGCCCGCCGCCCCGCGCCCGGCCGACAUGAAGACCCCCGGCGAGGUGCUGCGCGAGGGCGAGCUGGAGAAGCGCAGCGACAGCCUGUUCCAGCUGUGGAAGAAGAAGCGCGGCGUGCUCACCCCCGACCGCCUGAGCCUGUUCCCCGCCGGCGCCGGCGCGCGCCCCAAGGAGCUGCGCUUCCACUCCAUCCUCAAGGUGGACUGCGUGGAGCGCACGGGCAAGUACGUGUACUUCACCAUCGUCACCACCGACCGCAAGGAGAUCGACUUCCGCUGCGCGGGCGAGAGCUGCUGGAGCGCGGCCAUCACGCUGGCGCUCAUCGACUUCCAGAACCGCCGCGCGCUGCAGGACUUCCGCGGCCGCCAGGAGCGCGCCGCGCCCGCGCCCGCGCCGCCCGGGCCCCGCGCGUCCUAGCCCCGCGCCGCCCGGGCCCCGCUCGUCCUGGCCCGCGCCGCCCGGGCCC